AUGGCAUGGUUCUCGCGUGCCUGUCCCCUUUACGAUCUCGCCAAGCACGUCCGUUUCGUCGCAUUAGUCAAUCGCAUGGCUAAUCGGAUAUCUGCGAGCGAGGUUGCAGGUACACACGAUACUGUACACGUAUGUAGGUACGGUCAAGCCUCGACCUCCUUCUGGCUUGUAGGUGGGUAUCGUACGCAGGGCCCCAGUUGCCGUAGGGCCCUCACUUCCCCCGCCUCGCUCUCCUCCCUCUGA